AUGAGGAGGAAGAAGGUGAAGAGGAUGAUAGUGAACAAAGCGAUGAAGAAGAAGAAGAUGGAUCUGAGGAGGAGGAAAAUCACAGUCAGAACUGCUCUGCAACUGAUAUCAGAGCUGAUACUCAAAACUCUCCCCACAGUAAAUCCUCUCUGAACGCUGAGACUCCUGUUACCGUCAGACACGAGGUCGACAAAGCGGAGAUGGAAAACGCAGACGUCAACAAUCCUGACGGUGCAAAAACCUCUGCAAUGCCAGCAACAUUAGACGUAGCAGGUGAUUGCAUUGUGUCUGCCAUUAGGGUGGAAUCAAAGCUGUCCGAUGAAGAAGAGAGCGUUGCUAAGGAAUGUAUGAGGUCAUCAGACCAAGCAUUACAUUCAAAUCAAAUAACACAAGUCCCAUUCCCCCCCGAAGCAGCUCAGUCACCCGGUAAAGUUAAAGAAGCGGAGUCAGACAGAGAGACGGAAAAUGAUGACAAGGAUUCCAUGAGCGACGGGACAAAUGGUGUCGACAAAGUUUGGAAUGACAGUGAUGAUGAGGAAGGAAAUGAAGCAGAGGGAAUUGGUGGGAGCACUUUGAUCACUUGUCCUGGGAAGCUGUUAGCCGACGUCGGAAAGAAUGUCAAGUCUGACGCGGAAGACGAUGCUUCGUCAAGCAGGGAACCUGUUGAGGCAGGUAGACAUAAAUCCUCAUGGGGCUCUUCAAUAGAAGGAAGUGAUGUUGACAUACCCAAAGAGAGCGAGGCAAACAUUGAGGUUCUUCAACAGGAAAACGAUUUCCAACCUCCAGAUAUGCAGCUGGAAGCAAAGGAGGAGCAGCCUGAUACUUCAUGGGAUUCUUCAACACAAUUCGUCUUAGCAGAGCCAGAUAUUGAUGACCCGGGUUUACCAAGUUCUCCUCAGGCCAAAACCAAACCAAUUGUAGCAACUGCAGUUGAAUCCGAUUGGGAUUCCUCUGAAGUCGAUAACCAAAAUGACACUGGUGCUCAAUGUGAAGUAGCAUCACUAGGUUUAAACGAAGCAGACAAUGAGACGAAAGAAACGCACAAGCGCUCCUUGCAAGAAGAGGAAACAGACAGUAUUGAGAAAGAAUCCAAUGACCCCUCCCCUGUGGUGUCGGUAGCGCUUGAGUGUGAAGACACAAAAGGCCCAGUACUCUGUGAUGAUGGCGAGCCAGCAGGAUCUUCUUCAAUAAAGGAAGAAAAGUCAGAUUCCGAAAAUGAGGAAGGGAACAGUAGCAGUUGGGAUGAUGAUCAUGAAGAGGAGAGUGACGAGUCAGACAAGAAAGAAGCAGAAAAAGCAAAAACAGAUAACAUUCAAACUGAAGACGAUACCGAAGAGAUUCCAUAUUCCUACAUCGACGGAAAUUAUGAAGCUGAAGACGAAGCCAAAGCUCAGGGAGAAACGCUGGUCGUCGAUGAAAAUCAGAGUAAAGACGUUGAGUCGAGUGAGGAUUCUGAUAGCAGGCAUCAAAAACUCCAGUAUGACUUUGCCAGUGCUACAGCCAAACUGCUUGAUGUUGGAGGUGAUUCUGCUGGCUUAUGUGAAAAGUCAGUUGAUGAAGGUGAAGCUAGACUAACAUCAUAUGCUCCGCUUGAAACUGAAACCGCAAGCGUUGCCAGAACAAGAGAGUCUUAUGACGAAGAUCAGAGAGGGAAAGUGGUCUUUUCCAAUUCACCCAUCCAGGAUGAUGAUACCGGUGGACAACAUCAACUUUCAGAGGUCUCUGAUGAAGCGUUACCCCAGACUGACAUUGAUGAUGUGGACCUAAGCUCAUCCGAUCGAUCUGAGAACACAAGCCUGAGAUGGCACGAGCUAAAAAGCACCGACAAGCCUGGUAUUCAGAAACAAAAUUUUACUGAAGAUGAAAAAGACAAUGACAGAAACGGAAAAGAUGAAAAAGACUCAUCAAAUGCUAACAAUAAAUCUCAAGACAGUGGGGACGUCCAUGAUGGAGUUCCGACUGUCCCCAAAGUAGAAGUUGGUAAAGAUAAAAAAAGAGACUUCCGGUUAGAACUGGGUCUGAAGAAAGGGGAAGGAGACGAGAGUUCAUGGGACUCUGAGUCAAACUCUGAACUUUCCAAUGUACCGCAUAAGGAAGAGCCAAGGCUGCACAGCCCAAAUAAAGAGGGAGCAGCUCCUGUGGAAGAUUCACUCAAAGAAGACGUGUUUUACAUUCCUUCUUUUUUAAGAGGGGAAGGAGGGAGUAGGAUGGCAGAGAUAGAGCCUCGCAAGAAUGUAGGCAUGCCACAAGGCAGCCAGGGAGAGGAUGGAAGUGACAGUAGGGACAAUCAAAGGGAGCUUCCAAAGGAAGACAAUCCUGUACAGAAAAAGAAAGAAAGUUCUAAAGCGCUCAGUGUUUUGAGCAGCCACAAAGGAAAUGUCAACAUAAUGGACGAGCUUGGUGUCGGGGAUGUAGAUGAUCUUGAAGUAUCUUAUGUUCGUGGUGCAGAUGGAUCAGACUGGGAUUCUACCAGCAGUAUCAGUAAAAGAACACCACCUGGGUUGAAGUUUCCCUCCUCUGGCCAAGAGGAGUUUCAGAAAGACGGUAUUUCUUCUGGUGGUGGACAGAAAGAAGAUCGUGGUCUUCCCAGAACCUCAACACCUAAGAGGAGCAGCAGCUUUGGGAAGAGUCUACCCAGCACGCCCUCCGUCUCUGCUCCGCUGCCCCAACCUCAUACUACUAAGAUAAGUUUUCAGACGACAGGCGACGAAGAAGAUUCAGAUAGUGAGAUAGAAAAGACUAGAGGCUCUCGAGAAAAUUCUCCAACUGGCAAUCGGCGACGGUCGACGCAUGAACAUGGUGCUGCUGACCAUUCUCAGGGGACAGAAAACACUCAAGACAGUUCAGAUUUUGAAGAACACCAGGAGAGGAUGGCCGGCAAAGCAACAGGAGCUAUGGCGCCGCAUCGAAAGUCACGCAUUUCCCACGAUGGCAGUGAAGCAGAUGGUUCGGAGAAACCUGGGACCAGUGUAUGUUUAAGUUUGGUUCAAGCUGGAAGAUCUCAUCAGGAAUAUCAGCUUGAUACCAGACAAAGAGCUCCAGUCGUGCAGAGCUGCAGUGGCAUAAAGCAAGGUGCAGAAGGAAAAUUACAGCUGGAGCUGAUGGUCCAUUGGGCCCGGCAAAGUGGAGGCCCGCAGGCCAACAUACAAGUUAAUCGAGCACCCUCACCUGAGGUUGAGGAAAACACUAUAAGUGACAUAUCGGACGAUGAAGGAGACAGGUCUGCGACUACAGGUCAACAGAAAAGCAAGGUCCAGAGUCUCGAAGACUUAAGCGUGCCUGACGAUCUGGAAGAACUCACACAGUCGUCCGACACAGACGACGCGGACUCACAGACUUCAGGCUACUGUAAUGCAGCCUCCUUCAAGCAGAAGCUGGAGUCAUUCGCUUUGGAUCCCACAACUACGGCAAAGAUACAGAACAUUUUCCACGAGUAUGAGCGCUCCAUUCAAAAACUGCGAAGUCGCCAUGGGUAUCUGUCGGAGAAGGUGAACCAGCUGGAAGCGGAAAGAACGUCGCUGAAGGGCUUACUGGAGGAAGUCAGAGACGCUAGGGCUCUUCUGGAGCGCAACCAGCUGGAAAUACAGACUGAACUCACAAACAUCAAAUUCCAACUGAAACAAGAGCAGGAGAAUCGCCAGAAUGCCUCCAUGAUGUACGACACCACCAAAGACAAGCUGAAGCGGGUGGAGGAGCAGCAUCAGUUUGAGGUCCAGGACAAGCUGAAGGUGGAGCUAUCACUGAGGAACAUGGAGCUGGAGAUGAGAACGCUCGCCAGCAACAUGAAACAGCUUGAAGAAGAGCAACAUGAGACUCAGAAGUUGCUGGUUCAGGAACGCACCUCCCGGGCCCUGCAGGAAAAUCUGCUCAACAAUCACCUCCGAAAGCAGAGGGAGAUGGAGGCGGAGCACAGGAAAAGCAUGAGCAGAAGCAACGAGGCUCUGUCUCAGCUCACCGAGGCCGGCGACAGGGAAAGAGAGCUGCUUCGUCAGAUCAGUUCGCUGCAGGAGCAGCUGACCACGAUAAAGUCAGACUUAGAACAUUCCCAGGCAGACAGCAGUCUCAAAGAGAGCACUCUUGUGGAGGAGAACGAGGCCCUCAAGGAACAGCUUGAAGACAUUCGUCAAGACCUCAAGCACAGCAACGAAACUGUGACCCAGACCAUGUUCGCUUGCAACAACCAGAUAUCGGCCCUGAAGACCGAGUUGGUGAAAACGACGAGCCAGCUGGAACAAGAACGACAGACUCGCGAGACGCUGGAGGCCGAGGCCGAGUCGACUCGGUCUCGCUUGGCCGCGGCCGUGAAGGAGAUCGAACUUCGCCUGGCGUCUCACGCAGAGACAGAGAAAGCUCUGCUGAGAGAGAAGGAAGAGCACCAGAGACAGAAAGAUCGACUCACAAAUGAAAUAACCGCUCAGCGCGAGGCAGUCAGCAACCUGAAACAGAAGCUGACCAAGGCUGACGCCAACACAAACAGCAUGGAGAACGAGAUCCAUCGGGUCACUGCGCAGCUGACGGAGAAGAAUCUGCUGCUGGAUGCCCUGCUGAAAGAGAAGGACUAUGGGAUGGCGCGUGCCAAGGAACUCGAAACUGCCCUGCAAGCAGAGAAGGAGCUGUCUAGUCGCAGCAUAGCGCGCCAAGAAGCAGCGGAAGAACGCCUCGCCCAUGCCCAAAGCGAGACCAUGUUGCUUCGGCAGCAUCUGGAAGAGGCCCAGAACCAAGCCGCCGCGAAGGAGCGCGCCAUGACUGAAGCCCAGCAGCGCUUCAGCGACAUGCUGACCAAGCUGCGCGCCGACUGUGAAGAACGAGUUCAUCUGGUUGAGGAGAGAAACAGGGAGCUCGCCAGCAAGGCUGCUGAACUUCGUGAUCUGAACCUCAAGUUAGAGGAAGAGAAGAAUCAACGAGAGAACACCUUGAGGCAGCUGCAGCAGGAGUUGGCCGACUCUCUCAAGAAGUUAUCGAUGUGUGAAGCUUCCCUGGAGGUCCUCACACGCUAUCGCAACGACCUGGAGGAAGAGAAAGCUCGGCUUCUCAAAGACAUCGAGAGACUCAGAGAAAAGCUUGAGGAAACCGAAGAGAAGUACUUUGAGGCUGAGCGACUUAUGAGCAGUAUGAAAGUCAAAUUGGACGAAACGGAAAAGGAACUUAAAACUACCAGUCAUAAACUCCAGGAGGCGGUGGCGACCAUCGUGGCCACUGAAAUCACCACCAAACAGCUGGAGGAAGCGAUGCAACGGAUGGAGAUCAAGAACGCCAAACUGGAAGGUACUACGAAGCAACAGGCCGAUAAAAUUGAGGCUCUUCAGAAAAGCGCUCAGGAAGCCGUCGUGGUUCGUGCACAUUUGGAGGAGCUGGUAUCGAACCUCCAAGGCAGCAAGAUUUCUUUGGAAGAGCAGCUGAAUAAAGAGUUGCACAAACAGAGCAUGCUGUCUAACACCAUGCAGGACUCUCAGGCCCUGUGGGAGGAAGAGACGAAGAACCGCUCAAAGUUAGGACUGCGCCUGACAGAACUUGAAAGAGAAAAAGGAGAGCUCACAAACCAGAUGGAGCUUGAAAAGAAGAAAGUCAAGAAAAUUGCAGAGCAAAAGAAAGCGGUUGACACUCGCCUCGAUCAAGAGAUGAAGAGAAACAUGGAGCUUCAAAAAGAAAUGCACAGGCAACGAACUUUAUUAAAAAGUGCAAAGAAGAAGCUGCAGGGCCAAGAGUCUGGAGGAGCGAAAUACUCCUCUAUGAAGAGCCCUCACCGGAGACAGAGUCAGGCUGACAGCUGGAUGAACGACAAGGUGGAGGAUCUGCAGGCAGAGCUGGAGAAGGAAACAUCUCGUCGCUACCAGCUGGAGCAGAUCAACGAGGAGCUCCAGGACCAGUUGGCCUCCAUGAAAGGUGUGGGCCGUAACCACGGCGAGCUGGAGAGAAGCAAGAAGCACCUGGAGAGCGAGGUGGUGGAGCUGAGACGCCAGUUGGAGAACAACCAGCCCGACCAGAGUGUGCUGGAUCAGUACCGACGUGAAGCGGAGGAAAAAGCCCACCAGGAGGUGCAGCAGAAACUAGAGCAGGUCAACCUCUUCCUACAGUCCCAGGCGGCGUCUCAGGAAGCACUAGAUGAGAUCAAAGCCGCCAACGAGGCCAACCUGCGCUCCCAGCUGGAAAAGAAGAUCCGGGAGCUGGAAGGGGAGCUGAACCGAGCCCGCACCAUCCAGCAGGAAACGUUCAGCCAAAAAGAGUCCACACGCUCCGAGCUGGAGCGCUACCGACACCUCUACAACGAAGAGAUGCGCCUGCGGAUGUCCCUAGCUGCCAAACUGGAGAGGGCCAACAGCCGCCUCUCCGAAGCCAACUCCAAGUUGCUGAGCGAGCGCAGCAGGAGUCUUAUGAUGGGAAACGUCACAAGCGGGAGCCUGAUGGGGCCUUCUCUGGACAUGAGCGCCUUGGCUACACCAGCGAACCCCGGGACCUCAGUGGGGGCCCUCAACAGGAACAUGAGCGUGGGAUAUUCCCUGCCCAGUACUGAGUCAGACGGACAGAACCAAAGGGUGGAGGACUACCUGGCUAAGAUGCAGAGAGAGCUGGACAAAAACAUUUCGAAAGAACUGAGAUACGCCACAGCGGAGCUGGACGCCGCCUCGGCCCGUCUGUCCCCGGUGGGCUCCGCCUCCAGAGUGGAGCUGGACCCCCUCAGCUGGGCCACGCAGCAGUAUUUGGAGGUGCUGAAGAAGAACCGUAGGAUCUGACCGCACGUUUCCGCUCGUCACCGGAAAACUAAAGCCAAGACCGAGAUGCUGAUGUUAUUUUCUUUUUCUUUAAUCCUGUUGUCAUGAAAGAAAUAAACUUGACUGCACUUUGCACUUACCCUCCCCCCCCUCAUGGAGUGAGGAACGGACGAGACUCUGAACUAAAGACGACCUCAGAAGUAUUUGUUUUGCCGGUUGAAACUCUAGUUUUGAUUUGUGAAUUUUGGUGUUUUGGAAUUGCCGCUUUUAAGUAUUUGUAUUUAUAAUCAUUUUUGCCAAUUUAUGACAUUUGGUACAUGCCAUCCAAUGGUGCAAUAUCUGUGUUAGUACUAAUAUAGAGUUGUGUCGUUCUGGGUUUAUUUUUUCUUUUAUGUAAUGAACUCUAUAUACUUGAACAUGACGAGCUGGAAUGCUCUCCAGCUAUAAAAACAGGGUGACCACGGUUUUACAUUUCAGCUUGUUGUUGGUUUGAUGAAAGGGACAGCCAGUUUAUGUUUUGUUCCAUUAUUUUUUGUGGUUUUUUAUUAUCUUAAAAUACUGUAAAAAAAAAUAUAUAUACAUAUAUGUAUAAAUACACAGAAAGAUUUUUAAUGCAAUGUUUCAUUCGCUGCAACAACAGUGGAAUCAAAAGUUUGUAUUCUGAAUAUAUUAGUAUGUAAAAUUGAAUAAAUGAAAAGCUAUAUGGAGCAUACAUGAA